AUGAGGGGUCGCUCGAGAUCGGCAAUACGGAAAAGGGAUAGGGCGCCAUCUUGCUGCCCAUCCUCGAUUCAACAUCCUUGCUCUCACACCCCGUUUAAAGCGGCUACUCUGAUUUCAAAUUCAAACUUCAGCCUCUUUGUAGGUAACUUGCCAUUUGACUGCUCUAAGGAAGACCUCUGGAAUAUCUUCAGCAGAUAUGGCAGAUUACUUGAUGCAUUCUUACCGACAUUCCAAGGAUCCCUAAAACCUAGGGGUUAUGCUUUUGUGAGGUUCAAGUAUGAACAAGAUGCAAUGGCAGUAAAAGAGAUUCUGGAUGAGAGACAUAUCGAUGGGAGAGUGGUUUCGGUUAGAUGGGCGAAAGUUAGAAACCCAAAAUCCCAAAGUAGGAAACUGAGAACUCAUCAGAAUCAUGCAGUAGCUUCAGAUCUAGGUCGAUCAUAUACAACAGCAGUAUCUUCGCCUGUGCCAGUACAAGCUAAUCUGCAGGUCUCGUCUUUAGAGAUUUCAUCUAUUGCAGACCCUAGAGCAGUGGAGAAUUGUCUGCGUAUGCUGAGUCUCGCCUUUGUUGGGACUGCUUUAAAUCCAGAAGUAUAG